AUGAAGUUUAUGAGUAGUUUCCAGUGCUUGAUGGGAGGAAACGCGGUGCAAUUUCAAGCCUCCUCCUCCGUAUCACCCACCAACCAGUCAUCCCUUCCAUUAUUAGAUAAUGAAAAUAGAAGGAAUUCCAAUAUGACCAAGAAGAAGAAGAAGAAAAAGAAGAAGGAUAGGAAAGUAAUCAAGGUUUUCAAACCAGACGGGGAGAUUAAUCUCUACCACAAGCCCAUCAGGGUUUCGGAGGUGAUGACAGAGGAGUACAUGGUUUGCAGAUCAGAUUCCUUCUACAUAGGACAAAAGAUUCCGCCCCUCUCCCAACACGAACGCCUCCAGCCCGGCCACACCUAUUUUCUACUCCCAACUCAUCUCUUCCACUCAGUUCUUUCCUUUGUCACUAUUGCCUCCUUUACAGCUUCUUCUAAACAAGACAGGGAAGAUAGUAAUGGCAACAUGAAGAUGAAGGCUGCAUUUCUGAAGAAGGCAGCAGCAAGUUCAUGCUCUCCAUUUGAUAUACAAAAAACGUCAUCUGGGACUCUCAGGAUUCGUGUUUCAGAGCUAUUCAUAUCCCAGCUGAUGAUGGAUCAAGCUGCUACUGCUGCUACUGGUAAUCAUCAUCGUGGUAAGGAAUUGAUAGAUCUGAAAGAGGCUGCUGAUUUACUGUGCACGACUCCACAAUUGCAUAGAGAGUACAAGCAACUGGUAGUCGGAUCUCGAAGAGGUUGGAAACCAAAGCUGGAGAUGAUCAAAGAGACUCCUUCCAAAGGCAAGAGGAAGGUCAAAAUGUUAUUCUCCGCGUCCAUCAGUCGUAUGAAGAAAAAAAUCAAAAACAAUAAGAAUGUUGGCUUCCCUCAAAUAUCAUCCUCCUCGGCUUCUUCUCAGUCACAGUCAUCACUGAAGAAGAAAAAGAAGAAGACCAAAAAGAUUGUCCAACCUCCCGUCUCUCUUCCUCCCAGUCCCGCUUAUGCUUCUACAAUUUCAAGGACCAAAUAA